AUGGUGCUGGUUUCUGUCCUCGGGUUGCUAGGACGCUUUCAAGGCAGUAGAGUUUCGCGACUGCCAAACUGCAGGCGCCUCUACGGUUCGAGCCCUGUCGGUGCUCGCGAUGAGGUCCACAAUGGGCGUGCUUGCUUCACGACACCCAUUUUCUACGUGAACGCGGCGCCGCACAUCGGGCACCUGUACUCGGCGCUGCUGGCGGACGCCCUGUGCCGCUACCGCCGGCUCUGGGUGCCCGGAGCCGCCGCCACGCGCUUCUCCACCGGCACCGACGAGCACGGCCUGAAGAUCCAGCAGGCGGCCGCCGCCGCGCGCCUGGCCCCGGCUGAGCUGUGUGACCGGGUGUCUGCCCAGUUCCAGCAGCUUUUCCGCGCGGCCGGCGUCGCCUCCACCGACUUCAUCCGCACUACCGAGCCGCGGCACCGGCUGGCCGUGGAGCACUUCUGGGAGGUACUCAAGACCCGGGGUCUGCUCCACAAAGGGCUCUAUGAAGGGUGGUACUGCGCAUCGGACGAGUGCUUUCUGCCGGAGGCCAAAGUUACCCUCCAGCAGGGCACGUCGGGGGAUGCGCACCCCGUGUCGCUGGAGAGCGGGCAUCCUGUGUCCUGGACCCAGGAGGAGAACUACAUUUUCAGGCUUUCCCAGUUCCGGGAGCCGUUGCAGCGGUGGCUGCGAGACGACCCCCAGGCCAUCACCCCUGAGCCAUUCCACCGCACGGUCCUUCAGUGGCUGGACGAGGAGCUGCCCGACCUGUCCGUCUCCCGCAGGAGCAGCCAGCUACACUGGGGCAUUCCCGUGCCUGGGGACGACUCGCAGACCGUCUAUGUUUGGCUUGAUGCCUUGGUCAACUACCUCACUGUCCUCGGCUACCCAGAUGCUGAGUUCAGAUCUUGGUGGCCAACCACAUCUCAUGUAAUAGGCAAAGACAUUCUCAAGUUCCAUGCCAUCUAUUGGCCGGCCCUCCUCCUAGGGGCUGGUUUGAGCCCGCCACGUCGUAUCUACGUCCAUUCUCACUGGACGGUCAGUGGCCAGAAGAUGUCCAAAAGCUUGGGCAAUGUGGUGGACCCCAGUUCUUGCCUUGAUCGCUACACCGUGGAUGGCUUCCGCUACUUCCUACUUCGACAGGGUGUUCCCAAUUGGGACUGUGACUACUAUGAUGAGAAGGUGGUUAAGCUGUUGGAUUCUGAGCUGGCAGAUGCCUUGGGAGGUCUCUUGAACCGAUGCACCGCCAAGAGACUCAAUCCUGCGGGGACUUACCCCGCCUUCUGCACUGCCUGCUUCCCCAGCAAGCCAGGGCUGGGAGCGCCGUCUGGUCGGGUGCAGGCUGAGGACUACGCUCUGGUCAAGGCAGUGAGCUCCUUGCCCAAGCAGGUAGCACACCACUAUGAUAAUUUUCAGAUCUACAAAGCUUUGGAAGCGGUGUCCAUUUGUGUUCGACAGACUAAUGGCUUUGUUCAGAGACAUGCACCAUGGAAGCUGAACUGGGAAAGCCCAGUCGACGCCCCUUGGUUGGGGACCGUGCUUCAUGUGGCCUUGGAAUGUCUGCGGAUCUUUGGAACUUUGCUCCAGCCAGUCACCCCAACUCUGGCUGACAAACUGCUCUCCAGGCUGGCGGUCUCUGCCACAGAGAGAGGCCUUAGAGAGCUCUGUUUCUUGCCUCGAUUCUUUGGACAGCCUUGCCCUUUUGAAGGGAGGCAGUUGGGACCUGACACUGGCCUCUUGUUUCCAAGACUGGACCAGUCCAGGACUUGGCUGGUGAAAGCCAGCAGGACCUAG